AUGCCUUUUGAAACAGAGGCAUUGUCUCAGGAUGAACUUCACAAGAGGUUGUACCAGACAUUUAAGAAUCGGGGUAUUUUGGAUACACUCAAGACUCAACUUCGAAACCAGCCUAUACAUGAGUUGAUGCAUCCUGUUUUGAGUGGAGAACUGCAGCCACAGUCCAUUCCUGUUGAAGGAAGCUCAUUAUUAGUUGGGGCUUCUAAUAGCCUAGUGGCUGAUCAUCCGAAGGUAUUUACUAUGCAAGAUCUACUUCAACUGAUUAAAAUCAGCCCCAAAUCCAGACUCUACAAGUCAUUGACUUCAAGGAUUCAAAAAGAGAACCAAAAAGAAAGUUGCAAUAUGGAGACUCAAACAAGUUCAGCAUUAUUACCUACUAGAGAAUCUCUUGCUGAAAAAUUUCAGCUUAUUGAUGAGCAAUUUGCAGAUAUUUAUCCCCAGCGCCUUAAACUGGAAUCUUUAGAAACAAAGUUCAAUGAAUAUAAGAAAGAAAUAGAACAACAACUUCAAUCAGAAAUGGCUCAAAAGCUGCAGCAUUUUAAAGAUAUCAAAAUAGCAAGAAUGAGAAUGGAAGAAAAAAGAAAACUCCAAAAAGAAAUGUCUGAAUUGCGGCAAGAAUUAGAAAAGACACAUCAAGCAAAAUCUGAAGCGCUAAUUUCUCGAGAAAAGAAUGCUAUUGAGAGACUUCAAAAGCACCAGGAGAUUGAAGCAAAAGAAAUUUAUAUCCAGAGGCAGGAUUUGCUGAAAGACAUUGAAAUGGUAAGAAGUAGAGAAGCUGAACUAAAGCAAAGAAUGGAAGCUUUCAAAUUAGCCCAGAAGCUACAAGAAGAAAAAUAUAAAACCCAGGAAGAAUCCUUGAGAAGAAGGGAGCUGAAUGUGGGGAACAUGGAGGAGGCAUAUGAACAAAGGCUCAAGAAUGAACUUCUAAAAUAUCAGCUUGAAUUAAAGGAAGAAUACAUAACCAGAUCUAAUAGAGUGCUUGAAGAAGAACAAAAGAAUAAAGAGAAAGCUAUGCGUUUGCAAGAAGAAGCCAAUGCUAUUAAUUCAAGAAGGGAAGAACUCAGGGAAGCUAUAUCUCAUGGCAAAAAUCUUGAGCUUGAAUUGGAUUCUCUCAAAGAACAAAUUUUAUUAGUAACAAAACAAAACCAGUCACUGAGUGAAAAAAUUAAAGAUACUACUGAUUAUUUACUUUUAAAAGAAGAUUGACUGGAGCUUCAGGCACAAAAUAAAUUGCUUAAACAACAAAUGGAAGAAAUUCGAAGUGAAAACAUGCACCUCCAAAGAAAAUCUACUCAGCCAUCACCUGAGUUCAUAGCCUUACAGAAAGAAUCAAAGAUGACAGAAAAUGCAAGAAAGCUUGAACAAAAGGCAUUUGAGACUGAGAAACAAUCCCUAGAAAAACGACUCCAAGAUGAGGUUGAACGUUGUUCAUUACUGAAGAACCAGAUAUUGGAUUAUGAAGUUUCUACAAGGAGGUUAAAUAUGCAGAUCGAUGACUUGAAAUUGCAACUUAGACAAACCCAGGCAGCUUUAGAAAAUGAAGUAUACCGAAAUUCAAAGCCAUCGUUGCUUCACAGAAAGGCAGAGUUACUGUCCACGGGCAAAAUUCACAGUGAGGACCAUCAUACUAGUCCCUUGGAGGCAGUGAGUGAUUUUCCAGGGUCACACAUCCUUAUGGACUUGAACCCAGGCUUCUAUGACUCCGAAGCCCAACCCAGAAUGGACUGUGAUCAUCACUCUGCCAUUCGUGUCAAACAGAUUGCCACUGGGCUGCACUGA